AUGUAUUCGGAAGAAACUGAUCUCAAAAAAGCCUUUGAAGGCUCAUCUGGAGGCGUUAUUGGAAUUCCUCAUUCUUCACCCUAUCACAUUGAUGAGAAUUUGCGUGAGAAGAAACAAUUAUUAGAAAAUCAAUUACAUGAUCAACACGCUCCCUAUGAAGAUGAUACAGCUAUUCGCCACUCACUUGGAAAUACAACAUAUCAUUCAACAUCUCAUAUUCAUGAUGAAGAAACGGAACGAAUUUGUCGAUGUUGUCAUGGAAUACUUACUGCCAAUGAUGACUUUAUUGCUCCUUGCAAAUGUGCUGGUAGUAUGAAAUAUGUGCAUCGUUAUUGUCUGGAUCAAUGGAGAGCUGUUUCACCAAAAGCUUCAUCGUUUUAUGCAUGUGAUAUUUGUGGACACCAAUACGAAAUCAAAGAUGUGGAUGAACAUGGAAAUGUUGUUACUGGGGCAAGUGGAUACAAGCCUUCAUCUAUUAUCAAAUUUGGAACUUUAAUUGCCAUCGACUUUUCGAUUAUAUUGAUUGUUUGGCAGGUACUCGUCUUUAUUUGUGUUGGAAUUUUUGCAUUGUGCGACUAUGACUAUGCGUUAAGGGCCAAAUUAUUUGGCAACAUGAAUGUUUUUGUUGCUUCUUACAUAUGUGGACUCACCUUAUUCUUCUUCAUUUUGGGGUUGAUUGGAUUAUGCUGUCUUGGAUUUGUAUUAUUGAACAAGUUAGUCAAUGGAACAUUUUUUGGAAAUUGUUGCAUUGCAGAUGAUUUUUAUGCCUAUGACAAUUAUCCUUACUAUGGCAGAUAUAGAACCUCAUACUAUGACUUCUCAGAUAUGUGUUUCUGGUUUUGUUUUUGGAAUUCAUUGUACGGAAGGCCUGAUCGAUCAUGUUUUGGUGGCUGUUAUGGAUGCUCUAUGGGAAGUGGAGAUUGCAAUUGCAAUGGAGGGAGUGACUGUGGAGGAGGUGGAAAUGGAGAUGGUAUGGCAAUCGCAUUGCUUGUUAUUGUGGUUGUCAUUGCUGUCAUUGGUGUCUUUUUUGGUUUAAUCUUGAUGGGAGUUUUAGGAUACAGAAUUUUUACUAGAAGAUUGAGAGUUUUACAAAGAAAAGAGAUUGCCAAAUUCCAACAAAUUCAAAAUUAUUGGAAAAUUGAGGCUUGA